AUGUUCAAUAAGCUCAAGUCAUUUUCGGAAGAUGUGGCGAAAAGUUUCAACGAAAUUCAGCAGGGAGAUCCCAUUCGAAGAAAUGCUGAGACAAUCAAACAGCUUAAAAAUGGAUCAGCCAUUUUGAACACGAAAACGCCGGAUUUGGGUGACUUAAAGCAGCCUGAAGACACGAGUUCCGUUUCUGGAGAGCCUGGUUCGGACGAAAAGGGCCCUGAUGGAGUAAACUUUGCCAAUAGUGAAUCCAGCGAAACUCAACUGGCAAUAGCGACCAGUGGGCCACUUAAAGACAUUGAUAUGGACCAGUUACCGCAAUUGGUCAGGGCUAAAUUGAAGAAGUUCGCAAAAUACGAGGAUAAGUACCCAGUUUUGUUGGAUGCCUAUAAGACAGAGAAGAAGAAAGGUGAACUAGUCGUGGCCUUCGAAAAGGUCUUACGAGAAUGUACUCCGGUGUCGUCAAUUGCUGAUGCGGGACUUCUACUUGAUUUUUUAAAAGGUCUUUCAGACAAGUCGCAGUUGCUGGAGGUAGAGUUGAGAAAGGCUGUGGCGGAGACAAAUAAGUUGACUGGAGAAAAGGCGGAGCUCAUGAAGAAGUUGGCCGAUUCCGAGAAAACCGUCAAGUAUGCGGAGGAAAAAGUUGGCAAGCUCGUGAAGCUGGAGGAAGUGCUUCAGCUGGAGACUCAGGUCUUAAAGAAGCAAAUACUGGCACUUGAAAAUGAUAUUGGCAAUAGCAAGCAGAAAGUGGGUGAUCUCGAGGAGCGCUUGAGACAAGCCGAGGCUGCAGCUGCAGAUGCUGAUGCCGCUGUCAGUACUGGACCUGCCGAAACUGCUGAAACUGAAACAAAUCCUGAAGGACUGGGAGAUAAGGUUGAAUCUGCCAUUGACCCAGAACAAGGUAAUGACAACAAGGAGGAACUUGAACUUUCAAAAAAGGACUUGGAAGUUACAAAUUCUCAUUUGGAAAGUACAAAAUCCGACUUAGAACGGACGAAAUCUGAUUUGGAAAGCACCACUUCCGAAUUAGACAUCACUAAGAAUGCCUUGGAGAACACAAGUUCUGAGUUGAAAUCAGUAAAAUCUGAGUUGAAAACUGCAAAGGAGAAUCUAGAAAUGAAAGAGCAGCUGUUCAAGGAUCUCCAACAAAAACUUGAUGGAUCCAAGAAUCUCGACCAGGAAAUAAUUGCAUUAAAAACAGAAUUGGAGAAGGCUCAGAGUGUGAAAGACCAGGCCGAGGCUGCAAAUUCCAAAAUUCAGACCGAAUUGGAAACUGCUAGAAGUGAACUAAAAGGAUUGCAAAAUCUUCAAUUAGAAGUAAAGCAGUUGAAGAUGGCCGCCCAAGACGCAGUUCCCAGUGCGGAUCACGACUUGUUGAAAGAGAAGUUGCAGACGUUGGAGACAGAAAGCAAGACUAAGAGCGCACAGAUUGAUAGGAUCGCUGGCGAGAAAAAUGCAUUGGAAGCUAUGGUUGAAAAGCAGAACAUAGAGAUCUCUGAAUUGAAGAAUGAGAUUGGUAGAAUGGAGAGAAGCCUCCUGGAACGAGAGAAACAGCUUGAAAGAUUGCAUACUGAGAAGAUCUCUGCUCAGGAUGAAGUUUCCACAUCUGAAAAGGAUACCCAAACAAAGGAUGUGGUUCAAAAGGUCGUAGAUUCAGAGGGUUCGCUUAAGGAUAAUAUCAAAGCGGACAUUCAAGAUAAGAGCAUUCCAUCCCUUGCUUCCGAUGAAUGGAAGUCCAAAUAUGAAGUCGCGAGCGAACUGUUAGAAGCUCUCACUAAGGAAAGAGACGUGUUGUCAAAAGACCUCUCCGAUUGCAAGAGAAAGCUUACCUCCAAGGAGGAGGAGAUCGAACACUUGCGGGACCUGUUGUGCGAUCUUGGAGACGACCUUGUCACAGCCAAAGACGACCUCAAGUCCAUCAAAGAAAGAGCUUCUGCUGACGUGGCCGAAAAGGUUGCUACACUUGAGCAGAACGAGCUCAAACUUGUUGGGCAGUUGAAGCAAAAGGAAGACGAGCUUGUGUCUGUCCAAAGUCUGUUAAAGCAGGCUGAAGAGGAGUUGAAGUUAGCAAAUGAGAACUUGACUUCUGCGACUGAAAGAGCUAAACAGAAUGAAGAGGAAGCAAUGAAAAAUGCAGAUAGAGCAACCAAAUUUGCAGAUGAGGCGAAGAAGAAUUCGGAUGAAGCAAGCAAGUAUCGUGAUGUGGUCAAAAAGAAUACUGAUCUUACCUCCCAAUUGAAAUCUGCUCAAGAGGAAUUGAUUUCAACCAAGGACAGUUUGCAGACCUCGCAGAAGGAUGCCGCAACAUUCAAGGCUUCCGUUGCAGAAAUAAAGGCACAAAGCGCUAGGCUUGAAGGUGAGUUGAAAACUUCAGCAAAGGAGAUUGCAAGUUUGAAGGCCGAGAAGCAGAAAUUGAACGAAAGAGUGCAUGAACUCACGAAAUUCAAGAGUGUGGACUCAUCUUUGAAGUUGGAGAUUGCUUCUUUACAAUCCUCUAUUUCUCACAAGGAUGAGCAGAUCCGUGAGCUCAAGGAUAGCAUCGAAAAAAAAAAUAAAGAGAGAGACGAGCUCAACAAUACCAUUUCGAGUCUCAAGACAUCAAAUGGAGAUCUCAUGAACGCUAAUCGUGGACUAAUUGCUGAGAAAUCUGAACUAAUCAACAAACAAGAAAUUACAUUUGAGAGAACCAAUUCACUCAAUGCCGAGCUAUCAAAGCUCCAGGUGAGCAGGCAGAAAGUGGCAACCGAGCUUGACGCAUUGAAAUUGAAGUAUGAGGCAUUGACGAAAACUAGGGCCAGUUCGUCCGACGAAAUCCAAUCACUCAGACAGCUGUACGAGGAGCUCAACAUGAAAGCACGCGACUCUCAAUUGAAAAUCGACAACCUUGAAGAUGACUUAUCCGAAUCUAAGAAUUUAUUACAGGAGAGGACCAGAGAGUCAUCGACGUUGAGAAGAUUACUCAUGGAUGCGGAAGAACAAACAAACAUUAAGACUUCCGAGUUGCGGAACGAAAUCCGCACCAUCAACGAGGAAAAGCAGGAAUUGGAAAGCAACUUCUUGGCCUCCAUGAAGAAGAGGCAGCGUGAGAUCGAUGAACUCAAGGCAGUUGGAGACGGCUACUUGGUGAAAGUGCGCGACUUGGAGAGGAAAUGUGAAGAUUUGAAGAAGCAAUACGAGCCUUUCGCCAACUCAUCUCCGGCACCAUCGGCUGACUUCCAGGAGCGUGAAAAGUCCUUGGAGAAUACCAUUGAGGAAUUACGGACGUCUUUGCAAGCAUCUAGCAAGAAGGUGCAAGACUACGAAAACUUGAACCGCAUUUUGAAGAAAUUGAACGAGGAGCUGACCUUGAAGUUCGAAAGGUUAUCAAAGAACUAUAAACACAUUACGCAGCAAUAUAGACAGAUGCAGAGUCAAAAUUCUGCUACUCCAAAGUCUGCUACGCCUUCGGCAAGAAAUUCAGUUGAAGAAAAACGUCCUGAUGAGAUGAAUGUGGCCUAUUUGAAAAACGUGCUCUUGGGCUUUGUGGAGCACAAAGAGCAACGUGGACAGCUUUUGCCAGUGGUUAAGACAUUAUUCCAUUUUGAUGAUGACGAGGAGCGGAAACUUGUCAAUGCCUUGAAGUAA